AUGGCGGACGAUCUAAAAGCUGCUGGUAACAAGGCCAUUGCGGAGAAGAACUUCGACGAGGCUAUUGAUAAAUUUACUCAAGCAAUCGAGCUUCAGCCAGAAAACCAUAUCCUAUACUCGAAUCGCUCAGCCGCCUACGCUUCGAAAAAGGACUAUGAGCAUGCUCUUGAAGAUGCGAAUAAAGUUACAGAGAUCAAACCAGACUGGGCGAAAGGAUGGGGACGUAAGGGUGCUGCGCAUCACGGUUUAGGAGAUCUUCUGAGCGCACAUGAUGCUUACGAGGAAGGGUUAAAAUUGGACCCAAACAAUGCGCAAAAUCAAUCAGGUCUUGCGUCUGUUAAACGUGCAAUCGACGCCGAAGCAAAAGAUGAUGGUGUUAAGGGCGAUCCUACUGGCGGACUCGGAAGCAUGUUCAACGAUCCUCAAUUAUAUCAAAAACUCGCCGCAAACCCAAAGACCAGCAAGUUCCUAGCAGACCCAACGUUCAUGCAGCAACUUCAAAACCUGAAGAACAACCCAGGAGAUACGCAAUCCAUGUUCCAAGAUCCUCGAAUGAUCCAAGUCCUAGGUGUCCUAAUGGGUGUUGAUAUGGAUAUGAUGGGUGGUGCACCACCUGGGGGACCUGGUGGAUCAGGAAGUGGGGCUAAGGAAACUGAAGAGGAUGUUCCAAUGCCGGAUGCUCGACCUUCACAGCCGGAAAAGCAGCCCGAGCCAGAACCAGAGCCAGAACCUGCAGAUGAGGAGGCUGCUGAGAAAGCGAAAGCCAAGGAGGCCGCGGAGAACGAGAAGAAGCUAGGAACGGAAAAUUACAAGAAGAGAAAUUUCGAUGAAGCAAUUGCACACUACACAAAAGCUUGGGAGUUACACAAGGACAUCACCUACCUCAACAACUUGGGUGCCGCUCAAUAUGAAAAGGGUGAUUACGAUGCUGCUAUCCAGGCUUGUGAAAAGGCUGUUGAGGAGGGUCGAGAGAUCUAUGCCGACUUCAAGAUGAUCGCCAAGUCUUACGCACGUAUUGGAUCAUCUUACGAGAAGAAAGGAGAUCUCACAUUGGCUAUUGAGAAUUACAAGAAGUCGCUCACUGAGCACCGCACUCCAGAUGUCGUCAACAAGCUUCGUGCGGCAGAAAAGAAUAAGAUUGAUAGUGCAAAGCAAGCCUAUAUCGACCCGGAGAAGGCAGAAGAAGCUCGUAUCCUUGGAAAUGAUCGCUUCAAAGCGUCAGAUUGGCCUGGAGCGGUUGAGGCAUACAGUGAAAUGACAAAGCGAGCCCCAGAGGAUCCAAGAGGGUAUAGCAAUCGCGCUGCUGCCUUCAUUAAGCUUCUUGAAUUCCCAAGUGCGAUUCAGGACUGUGACUUGGCUAUCAAGAAAGAUAAGACCUUUAUCCGAGCAUACCUCCGAAAAGCACAGGCUUACUUUGGAAUGAGAGAUUAUUCCAAGUGUUUGGAUGCUUGCACGGAAGCUUCAGAGGUUGACACUACGAGAGCCAACGCUAGAGAGAUUGAGCAACAACAGCAAAAGGCACUUGCAGCUAUGUACUCUGCGAGAGAGAAUGAGACCGAGGAGCAGACUAAGGAGAGAAUUCAGAGAGAUCCAGAGAUCCUCGGCAUCAUGCAAGAUCCAAUCAUGCAAAGUAUCCUUCAACAAGCUCAGGGCGACCCAGCCGCUCUCCAGGAACAUAUGAAGAACCCAGGUAUCAAAUCCAAGAUUCAGAAACUUAUGGCGGCUGGUGUGAUUCGUGUGGGUAGAUGA